AUGGAUCGUGUUAGCAGUCUACCAGAUGAGCUUCUUUGUCAUAUACUGUCCUUCCUUACCACAAAGGAGACUGCUUUGACUUCUCUUCUCUCCAAGAGGGAAAUUAUCCCGUUAAUAAAGUCCGUGGUGUUUCCGACCUUGAUCUAUGCAUCGUUUUUGGUCCAAUUGGUUUCCAAACUAGUUAAGCUGAAGAUAGGAAGUGGAAUUGAUCUUUGUUGGUGGACUGAGAGCAUUUUCUUACCGAUGCUGAAAACUCUUGUUCUUGAUUCAGUUGAAUUUUGUGUUGCUAGGUUUGAGAUACUCUUUCCUGCUUGUCCUGCGCUUGAGGAAUUAGAGAUGGCUAAUAUAAAGGUAUUAGAUUCGGAUGCGACCGUGUCAAGUGCAAGCCUCAAGACCCUAAAAAUAGAUUCCAGUGUUGGUUCAGGCUCUUUCUCAUUUGAUACACCAAAUCUUGUGUACUUAGGUUACUCUGAUUUUGUUGCAGAAGACUAUCCCUUAGCUAAUUUUCAAAAUCUUUUUGAGGCUCGAAUCAACCUUGUAGUAACUAAGGAUCAAAUCGAACGAGCAAGAGCCCCAAAUAAUGGUUGGUUAGAAGAUGAUGAGGAUGAUAUUGCUCUUCGACUUGGCAUACGAAAAAGUUCAUAA